AGUAACUUGGAGCUUUUUAAAGAAGAAAUUCUUAAGGUAUACACAAUGCAGAUGAAACAAGAAAAAGUAAAGCUAAAUACACCAGUCAUUCCUGUUCUGAUGGAUACCGCAAUCGCUAUAAGAAUAGCUAUGGGUGCAAAAAUGCCUCAUGAAAGAGCGUUGAUGAAUCGCUCAGAUUUGUGGCACAAAAUAAAAGUUCUUAAAGGCGGCCAGUUCGACAAGGAUACAGUUUUGAAAGGUAUUUUGAAGGCGGUAGAACCAAACGAUUUAAUACCAGUAAAGUAUCAAGUUUGUGGAGAAGACGCGUAUUUUGUGGCAAGAAAUUGUGGUCCUGCGCUGGAAAUGCUGUGCAAAGCAAACAUGAUCAUCAAAAAUGCUAAGGGUGUCGCUAUCGUUCUCAUAAUAACCUUAGGAUUUGCUACAAUCGAAGAUCUGAAAAUCCAUAUACAGCCCCUCCUGUUAACUGCAUUGACUAAAAGAUACAAUCCGAAUGAGAAAUCAUUAAAUCUGGAGAGUUUCCAUACAGAACCGGAUGUGGAUAGAACCAUCUAUUGUCCUUUAUCACAACUUAGAACUUCCAAUCAUGUUUUGAAGCUAGCUAAAACUGCAAUAGCCACUUUCGAACAUCUAAAUUUACAGCAUAAUGAAUUGUUUAAUAUAUCUGCAAUAGAGAAUUCAGAGUUAACAUCUAUCAAGUAUUUGGAUCUUAGACACAAUAAUUUGUUAAAUAUGAACACAUUAGCUCCUCUUAAAAAUUUAGAAAUCAUUAAACUUUGGCUCGAUGGAAAUCCGCUUUGUGAAAAUUAUUCGACUGCAAAGCAGUACGUAGAAUCUGCGAAAAGAUAUUGUUUGCAUUUGAAAGAAUUAGAUGGCGUAAGCAUUGUAGAAAAUAUGCCGCUGAUCUACAAAGACUAUUUUCCAGAUGACAAGACGCAGCAUUUCGCGCAUACGUUUGUUUCUCACUUUUUUUAUUUAUUCGAUCAACUCGACAGAACGGUUUUACGCGGACUUUAUCGUAAAGAUGCAGUUUAUUCCUUUAGCUUCGCCAUGUCCCACAACAUUGCUCAAAAGACAGGUCUUAAUCAGUACACGUUCAAUAGAAAUCUAUUAAAAAAAGGCCCCAAAAAAAAUACAUGUAUUUUCUUCGGUCAAGAAGACAUUCUAGUAGCUUUUAGUAAAUUGCCCCGGUCCUAUCAUGACAAGAGUUCUUUCACUUAUGACAUUAUGUUCGAUAACGACAAAUAUAUAGCCUUCAACGUCUCAGGAUUGUUCAAGAAACUAAGUUCCGGUACGAACAUACUAUCGUUCUGUAGAACAUUUAUCUUAAUAGCUUCUUCCGAUAAUGAAUACCAUAUUUUAAACGAUCAAUAUCACGUAUGGGCAGCACCCAAUAACAUAACACCUGAUAAAAUAGUAGUUAAACAUGUUUUCGAAAAUGAAACGGAGCCCGUUUGCUUCAGUCCGAGUGAAAAAGCGGUAUUAAUUACCAGGAUACGACAAGUCACUACGUUGAACAAGGAAUGGGCCGAGACUUAUCUAAUAGCAGCUCAAUGGGAUAUGCGGAAGACGAUACUUGACUUCAUGAAAGAUUUCAAAAGUUCGUCGAUACCAGAUCAUGCGUUCGUUUCAUAAAGCUUGCAACGGUAUUUACUUCGCGAGAUGAUGGUAUCAUGUAUCAAUGAAUAUAUCACAGGCGAUGCGAUUACUCGCAUGGCAUUUAAAUGGUCUGCUCAGGACGGAGAACGAGAUGCUUAGUGACUUCAUCCAAAGGUUAUGCACUCAAGGACCAUCCGGACGAUGUGAAUGAAACAAAAUCGUGA